AUGUUUUCAAGCUCCUUCAACCUCUCUUACUCGCUCCGCUACGCAAGCCUUUCCACGCCGAGCCACAAGGAAACCUUUCUCGCCUCGUCAACCUCGAUCGACAUGAGCUCCACCGAGACCUUCCGAGUCGGCGACAGGGUGCUGUUCAGCAUUGGCCAGCACGAAGAGGAGGGUGUCAUCGAAUCCUUCACCGAGAACACCAGCCACGAGCAGGUCGCCAUCAUUGGCUACAUCAAAAAGUCGGACGCGAAGCCCACCUCGAUCCACCGCAAGGUCGAUGGCCUGACCAAGAUUCGCAAGUGA